CAUGGUGGUCAAUUUAACGCGACUAUUCCCUCUGUCUCUCUCAUUCUUCUAGUUUGAAUUUUGAUUCAAAUGUUCUGAAAUAUCAGAUUUCUAGGGUUUUCAAGUGGUUUGAAAUUUGAGAUCUGUGGAGUUCGGACAAUAAAUACACGAAUUAAACACUGGAUUUUAGAGCAGCGUACCCGGUGCUGGUGGUGGUGCAGAUUUGUUAUGGCGGAGAUAUGCUGCGGAGUAGAGCGUGAGAGCGAGGCGUCGGUGGCUUGCAAUACGAGUUCCCGAGGUGUGAGGCGGCGGAGCGUGCAGGUCCGGCCGUUCAAGUUCGUCGGCGAUAUGGCGUCGUCUGAGCCUGUAAACGGACAGAAGAAGCGUCAGAAACUUGAUCUCCCUACGGCCUCAUCUGUUUCGCGGGAGUGCGAUAACGCCGUCGAGAACAGUGGAGAACAACUUUUGGGUUCGGGAAACGAAAGAGUACCGGAGACGAAAGAGAUGAUGAUCUCAGGUGGCCAAGCGAUUCUGGUGAAUCCGAUUCUGAGUCCAUCGCUAUUGACUGCUCUGGUUGUUCAGGAGGUGUAUCCGAAGUUCGGUGUAGCCUCGGUUUGUGGAAGGCGGAGAGACAUGGAAGACGCGGUGGCGAUCCACCCCUCCUUUUGCCGAAUAGAACACGAAACCGCAACGAAAUUGCAUUACUACGCCGUUUACGACGGCCAUGGCUGCUCUCAUGUGGCGAUGAAGUGUAGAGAUCGGUUACAUGAACUUGUAAAGGAAGAGAUAGAAAAGAAGGAUUCGAGUACGGAGGGGUGGAAGGUCGCGAUGGAGAAAAGCUUCAAUCGCAUGGACAAUGAGGUGAUUGCAUGGAACGAAAGCGUUCUGCGUGCCGAUUGUCGGUGCGAGCUCCAAACGCCGGAGUGCAACACAGUUGGAUCAACGGCGGUGGUCGCAGUCGUGACUCCCGAUAAGAUCAUCGUCGCCAACUGCGGAGAUUCCAGAGCUGUAUUGUGCCGCAACGGCAAGGCCGUCCCUCUCUCAACCGAUCACAAGCCGGAUCGGCCAGAUGAGCUGAGCAGGAUCCAGGCCGCCGGGGGGCGGGUUAUAUACUGGGACGGCCCACGGGUUCUCGGUGUUCUCGCUAUGUCAAGAGCCAUUGGAGAUAACUAUUUGAAGCCAUACGUGAGCUGUGAUCCUGAAGUGACAAUCACAGAUCGGACGGCAGAGGACGACUGCCUGAUACUGGCGAGCGACGGUUUAUGGGACGUGGUGUCGAACGACAUGGCUUGUGGGGUGGCCCGAAUGUGUCUCAGAGGGAAGGCACCAGCGGCGGGGGAGUCGACAAGCAAGAUGUGCUCGCUGGUGAGUGAGGCCGCCGGGGAAGAACAUGGCGACAAGGCAUGCUCGGACGCGUCUAUGCUGUUGACGAAAUUGGCGUUGGCCAGGCGGAGUGCUGACAAUGUAAGCGUGGUUGUAAUCGAUCUCCGGCGGGUUACAUAGCGGUACGACAAUAAUUUGUUUUUAUUUUAUUUUUGUUGUUUUCAAUUGUGAAGUAGAGUUGUAAAACGAACCCAAGUUGAUGCGUUCGUGUUCCAUUUUGUUUGUUUUUAUUUUAUUUUUGCUGUUUUCAAUUGGGAAGUAGUGUCGUAAAACGAACCCAAGCUGAUGCGUUUGUGUUCCAUUUUCUUUGUUUUUAUUUUAUUUGUGUUGUUUUCAAUUGUGAAUUAGAGUUGUAAAACCAACCCAACAUGAUGCUUUCGUGUUUCAUUU